CAGUCCUUCUGGAAGUCUCAAGUAGGUUUGACUCCGUAUACGUGGGCGCGUGGGCGACUUCUAUGCCUCGUUGUGCAUAUCACGAGGCUCAGAUCAAGGGUCUGCGGAACCUUAACUCGUUUGCAUAAUAGCCUCAAGCCCUACCGUGGCUACACCCCAUCGCAGCGUGAGUGCGCUCCUGAAGGAAGAGUUCUGCGUGAACAUCCAGCGCAUCAUUCGUGUUCACAAGGGAGCUGCGAAUAACGCAUAUAGCAGAGCAUGAGCGACUCCGGCUUCCCUUUCAACAGUCCGCAUGCGGACGUUAUCCUCAAGUCUUCCGAUGGUGUCAACUUCCGCGUCAGGAAAGCGAUCCUGGCUGAAACGUCUUCUGUCUUCGAUGGCAUGUUCAGUCUGCCUACUGAACAGUCUGCGGAGGCAGAUGGCGCUGGCACGCCGGCUCUGCAGGUCGUCGACAUGACGGAGGACAGCGCGACGCUGGAGGGCUUCCUGCGGCUGUGUUACCCGGCCGAUGUGUGCACGCGAGAGCCGACGUUCGAGGAGGUGUCGAUGUGGUUAGUCGCGAGCAGGAAGUACCAGAUGGACCGGAUGGAGAGGCAUGUCGUCCAUACGCUCCGAGAAUUCAUCGCGACCUCGCCACUGCGCGUCUACUGUCUUGCCGUACGGUACCAGCUGGGCGAGGACCUUGUUCGCGCCGCCGCACGGGGCUUCCUUGACCAGCCCAUCCAGGUCGCAUACGGACACGUACCCGAGCUGGAUGGCAUGGAUACCGCCGCCUACGCCCGUCUCCUCGACUAUCAUAACCGGUGCUCUGCCGCUGUCCAGCAGAUAUUGAGCGAUCCAGCGACCGCGUUUCAAGGCGGGGUGUGGUCGAAACGGUGCUGGCUCCUGUGCCACAGCGAGCGCAACGACUUCCGCUUCCGCUCAUCAUCAACCCAUGUGUUCUGCACAUUGGGGACAUUGUCCGACGGCGCACUGCACGCGACGCGCGCGAGCCUUUGGUUUUGCCAGUUCAUGGAUCGUUGCCGAGCUCUGGCGAAGGAACAGCCGUCCGGGAAGGAAGUCUCAUCAGAGAGUACCAUCGCCCGAGCCCUACUCGAUGCGGGCAAAUGCGACUAUUGCAGGGAUCAGGCCUGGGAUGACAUGCACGCCUUUGCGCAGAUCCUGGCGCGUACGAUCGACCUCGCCAUAAAGAUGGUACAGUGCAGCUACCUUACAUAUCUUCAUGACAGUCCGGACUGAAUGCAUGUCCCAGGUUCGGUUGGAGAUCGUCUAGUGAGAUCGAGAGCAUGAACGUCCCGUGAGGCUCGACUCGGAGUGUUAUUUCUUGUCUUUGAUCACUGUGAUUGUAGUUUGUUCGAAGGAGGUGG